CAUUAUUUCAUUGAACACCGAAUCACCAAGAAUGACAUCAUUAAUAGCGCACCGGCUUUAGUCGCUCCACAUUCGCCCCCCCACCCACACAUCCACAUUCACGCAUACACACACACACACACCCAGAUACAAAAUAUAUACACUCGUUCACAUCAUUACACACACACAUUCACCAAGUGUCACAAACACCCAUCCUCAGCCUGGUAACAAUCAGAUCUCACAUCCUCUGUCCGUGCACAUGACACACAUUUAUUCUAAUAACCUCUUGUUUUUGUGACUUCAACCAGACCCGCCCAGCAACAUCGGCAGUAAAGCAAUUUUUUGAAAAACCCAUCAUAUUCCUCACAUUGAAAGUUCUGACAGAUGUCGACCAAACAAUGUUGUCACUGCAAAGCUGUCAUCUCAUCUUAAAGUCCAUAAUACCAAACGACCAAGUCUAACCAAUGUCUCUAAGCCUGAUCCUUCACACAAUCCAAACCAGACUCACCCACUGCAGCACAGCUCCAUUGUUGCCAUGGUUACACAGAUCGGUCAUUCUUUAGCUGGGGGAAAUGAUGCCAGCCUCCGAGACUUCUAUAUCGGCCUCACUCUUGCCAUUUCUUCAAGUCUCUUCAUUGGAAGCAGCUUCAUCUUCAAGAAACUUGGACUGCUGCGUCUUGCCACUCAUGCCAGAGCAGGUCAGGGCGGAUAUGGUUACCUACGAGAAUGGCUUUGGUGGGCUGGCAUGACGCUGAUGUCCCUUGGUGAAAUAGCAAACUUUGCAGCAUAUGCUUUUGCACCUGCGACACUUGUCACCCCUCUUGGGGCUCUGAGUGUACUUGUGAGUGCGUUGCUGGCAUCUAGGGUCUUGAAGGAACACCUGAAUCUAUUGGGGAAGAUUGGAUGUACUUUGGCAAUUCUUGGUUCCACUAUAAUGGUUAUUCAUUCACCUAAAGAGCAGGAAGUGGCUAGCAUGGAAGAAUUAGAAGAAAAACUCAGACAACCAGUGUUUCUCAUCUAUGCGACCUUGGUGGCAUUUACCACAACUAUUCUCAUUAUCUACUACGUGCCUCAGUAUGGUAACAAAAACGUCUUUCUCUACAUUGGAAUCUGCUCACUGCUUGGCACUUUCACCGUGAUGGGCUGCAAAGGGCUGGGUGUGGCAAUGAAGCAGACCGCGUCUGGAGAGAUGAACAUCUUGCUGAACUGGUUGUCAUGGUUAUUGGUGAUAGUGGUCGCCACUUGUAUAGUGUUGCAGCUGAACUACCUCAACCGAUCAUUAGAUACAUUCAACACAGCAGUGGUCACUCCUAUUUACUAUGUCCUGUUCACAUCUUCAGUGAUGGUCGCCUCGCUGAUCCUCUUCAAGGAGUGGGUCAAUAUGGACCUGUUGGACAUUAUUGGCAACAUGUGCGGCUUCAUGACGAUCAUUGCCGGAAUCUUCCUACUCAACGCUUUCAAAGACAUGAACAUCAGCCUCAGUAAUUUGCCAAGCUCAAAGAAGGUCGACUACAAUCCGGCACUCAAUCACCUCAACAACGACACCAAGCUGAUCUCCAUCAAACACGAUGACUGUCAGAACUUGCUUCUGUCGCACUCCAGCGACAUCAACUACAACUAUUAAAUUUUUAUUCCCAUGACGCUCUCUGUCAUAUCUACUGUUCAGUUUAUAUAUGGCUCUCUGUUUAACCACGGACCACUGGAAGUACCCUCAACUGGCCACCGACAGUACCAUCUUCUGGUUGCUGGCUGUCAGCCUUUUGAAUGGUAAAUUUGAGCCAAGGUAGUUUCCACUGACCGAUUGAUUGCUCUCAGUGUCAGUGAUAAGUGUUUAUUGUCAAAUGUCAUAAAACACUUGUUUGACGUGUACUGCCUACUGAACACUGGUCAGUGACCAGUACCUGCUGGUGGUCACUUGACCAGCAAUCACUUUGCAGAUCAUAUUGGUCUGUAUCCAGCAGUUCCAGGCCAGAGAUAUGUGGCUAGCAUCAUCAGGACAGUAUCAGAGUCUAGUACAAUCAAGGCUCUGGUCAUUGUCCAGAACCACUAGGUCACUGGUCAGAAGCCAAAAUUUGUCCUUGUUUAAAAAAAAGUCAAAAAAGAAGAAAACCUAGCAGCCCAUAUCUUGUUGCUCCCUGGAAAGUUCCAGAAAAAUGAAAGAAAAAAGAAAAAAAAAGAGGAAAAGAAGAAAAACCAAUUUAUUCAAAUUUGUUAUAUUUAAUGAGA